AUGGCGCUGGACGGCGGCGCAAUGCUGCUGCUGGCGCGCGGCGCCGUGAGCGCUGAUGGUCGGGGCAUGACCGUGCAUGCCUGGGAUGCGGAUUCAGGCACGACCGCUCGAAUGUACAAGGGUCAGGCCGUGGCCCGCCAUGCACUGUGGGCUGGGUCCCGUGGCAUGUGCGCUGCUCAACAGGACAAGGGUGCCAUUGUCUUUUGGGGUUGGCAACAGGAAACACCCAUGAUGAAGAUGCCGCUACCCGAGCGAGCCACGGCCGUCAUCUGCUCCCAGAAAUAUGACCUGUGCAUUACUGGAACGGCCUCUGGAGCCAUCUAUGUCUGGCAGAUGUGUACUGGCUCCCUCGUACAACACUUGAGCCAUGCUCACUUCCGUGCCAUUACCGGUCUCGCCCUCACCGGAGACGAACUUAGCCUCAUCUCCAUCAGCGAUGAUGCCGCCGCUCGCGUCUGGUCCCUCGCGCACUUGGUUUUUGGCUUCUCCCAGCAGCUCUCGGGUGAAGUUCGCCCACGACAUGUGUUCAGCCACCAUACACUCCCCGUCACCGAUCUAGCCGUCUCCGCUGCCCCGUCAUCAGUCGCCUCUCCCAAUCUCAUCCUGCUCUGCUUGUGCCACCCUGGAGCACAGCUUUACCACUUGGGUCUGGGGCAGCGCCUAGCAUGUAUCACGUUUGCCGAUGACCUCACCAGUGUGGCCCUGGAUCCUGCCGAGCAGUAUUUGUAUGUGGCCAGCAGCACGGGAAGGGUCUACCAAGUUUCACUGCAUGAUGAGGUUUUGGAGCAAGCGAGUGGCCUCAUCUCACAAAGCCAGUGUGCCCGUCGCGUUCAAGCCCACGAACGGCCCAUCACCUGCGUAGCGGUCGUUAGCAACGGCGCCCGUCUUGUCACAACCGACGACGCGGGCUGCGUGCGACUGUGGGAUACGGGCAGUAUGCAGGUCGUCAAAACCCUUGAGGAAGGCACAUCAUUGGCGGCUCUCCUUGUGAGCCCCUCACAGUGGCUUGAGCCAGCUGUUGCCAACCCUGCUUUACAAUUGAAACUCUUCCAACGAACGCGUCAAGAGGAUCAAGAGUCCGACGACCGGCUACGCGUGGUCAUUGCACCGACGCAAGAACCA